AUGGCCGAUGGUCUAGCUAAACGAUCCAAGACUUCCAGCAUGCAAUCCUCCCAAGGAAGCAAGAGAAAGUAUGAAGACACGUCAGGUGAUGCAGCAAUACGACGGGCUAUGGAAAAUGGCUUGAAUGACAUUCGUGAGAUGAUCAGCUGCCGAAUCUGUGUACAUCCAAUGUUUGAACCCUACACAACAGAAUGUGGACAUACUUUCUGCUAUGGAUGCCUCAUACGGUGGUUUGAACAGGACAAGAAAAGGAAAUCCUGCCCUGACUGUAGAGCGAAUGUCACGACACAGCCAUCUCCUUCAUACGCGCUUCGAGACAUUACACAUGUCCUUGCUUCGAGAGCAGAAUUGCUGCCAGCAGGCGAGACUACGGAAGAGAACAAUGAGCUGAAAACCCAGGAGAAGGAAAAGGUCGAGCUGGAUCGUGCGAGCCGUCAGGGUUUGUUCUCUGGUCUUUUCUCACGUCGUAUGCCAGUGGUCAGCAUCCCUGAUCAUUCAGACGGGGUUCUUCGAUGUCCUCAUUGUACGUGGGAGGUGGAGGGAGGGACUUGCAGUUACUGUGGUUGGAGCGACGGCGUGGAAACAACAGGAGGCACUUCGGACGACGGUGACAAUAGUGAGAAUGACUGGAUGAACCGUGCACAUCAUCACCUGAUAGAUCUUGGUGAUCGAGAUGUGAUCAAUCUGGAGGAGGAACGCGAUCUCAUUGGGGAUGGACAUGACCUUCAAUACGAUGGACACACCAAUUACGAUUCUUUUCUGGACAGUACUGAAGAAGAGGACGAUGACGAUACUCUGGGCGGGUUUGUCGUAAAUGACAACGAUGAUCGUACUGGAGACGUGACAGAAUCUCAUCACUCAUCUACUGGAGGUAGCAGUUCUGGCUCUAGUGGUGGAGAGGAGGUCGAGACUUCGGAACCAGAUUCAACAGAAUCGGAUGAACCGCAGAGACAUAUUCGUCGAGGUAGCUUGCCAGUCAGGGGUGCAAAUCCUCACUUACGGUGGGCGGAACAUCUCCCCGCACGCCCCUUCCAACGCUACGAGAGCUCGAUGGAUAGUGAUCGGUCAUCAAUGGAAAGAUCGUCCGGUCCUUCUCAUCGAGUUCCUGGCUUAGGAGAAGACUCCUCAGAUAGUGAUCCUAGUGAAGGAUCAAUACAGAACCCAAGAUUUCGACGUGGUCCUCGACCUCGAUCACGCCGGGUAGUAGAUAUUUCUGAUGACGAACAUGAUGAACGGGAAAAUAGUAACGUCUCUCCAACAAGCCGACAAGCAUAUCAACAAAACCGGAUCUGGAGCUCCCGAGGGAGACAGAACAACACUCUCACCUCAACUCGUUCCCCAAUCUUUGUUGACUCAAGCCCAAGCAGACCUGAGAGCAAUGACAUCUCUCAGAAACGACGCGAACAGUCAAUUCCAGGUGCUUAUCCACCGUCAUUUUCGCAUUCGGAGGCCUCUCAAAAUGGAGCUUAUAAUUCCGGCCCCCGAGAUCUGGCGGAUCUGGCCUUUGAGACAUCUUCAUUACAUGCGUUGCUUUCCCAAAGUUCUGGGAAUGACGGCAGCUCUCGGCCAGGAGACACGCGCUCAGAUAGUCUUCAGGGUUUACAGCAAAGAGCACGACCGCUUUUCCCCCCAAGGCCGCCCCAGCGCGCUCACACUACAUCUUUUCUACCUGGUGGACGUCACAACACAAAUGACAGUAAUAAUGUCAACGCUCCGGAAAACGUACGGCGACAAGGAUCUACAAGUGCAUCAGGAUCAAUUGUGCCGAGAGUUAUGAGUCAAAUCCAAGGACCGAGCAGGAAGCGUCAAAGGGCAGAGCCUGUGAUAUAG